AUGCUAUCGAUCCCAACCGUUGUUCGAUUGACGACCCUCCUCCUGGUGGGAGGGCCUCAAUUAUGCAAUGCGGUUCUUCGCCAGUACAAUUUCACUAUUCAUAGUGGGAGAAACGCUCCUGAUGGAGUUUCUCGGCCGGUUUAUCUCAUCAACGGGCAGCAGCCUGGUCCUCUCAUCGAGGUUGAGGAGGGCGAUGAGCUUGAAGUGUUUGUGACGAACAACUUGCCGGUGGAAAAUACCAUCCAUUGGCAUGGUCUUCUCCAACACGGGACACCCGAGAUGGACGGUCCCCCGGGGUCACGCAGGUUGUAUCCAAUUCCUCCGGGCGGCAAUUUCACAUACCGAUUUUCCGUGGGAGACCAAUACGGCUUCUACUGGUACCAUUCACACUUUCGGGCAUACUACGAUGACGCUAUCCGCGGACCGCUCCUUAUCCACCCGGCCACCAAUCGUUCUCGGCCGUUUGAGAAAUUGGCCGGGGAUAAUAGCGCAGAUUUGGCAAAUAUUCUACAAGCUGAAAAUAGCGCAACGAACAUCCUCCUGAAUGACUGGACCCAUGAGACGUCCGACACUAUAUACCGUCGGUACAUUGAGACUGGCGCAUUCCCGUUCUGUGUUGACAGCCUCAUUGCGAACGGCCAAGGGAGACUCCAUGAGUACGACGAGCUCGACCGACAUGCCGACCUCCAGCUCCAUGGAUAUGGGAAGUAUGAUGGCACGAGACAUGUCAAUGCCGACCUCUACGUCGUCCCCAAUGACCUCGGAGACCACGAUGGUCUCAAUGCCUCCCUCAAGUGCAAUGUCUUUCAUGUCAGAUGUGCCUCUUACUCCUCGCGGCUCCCACUGUUGACAAUCCCUACCAAUACCACCCAAAGUUGGCUGGCUCUCAAUCUUGUCAAUUCAGGGUCCAUCAGUGAUCUCAGUGUAUCGUUGGAUGCGCAUUCUCUUUGGGUCUUUGCUGCAGAUGGACUUUAUGUUACACCCCAGGAAGUUCAGGUGACUUAUGCUGUCGAUGCCAUAUUCCACGUGACACUGCUGACGAAAGGAUGGCUCAGGCUUGAUCAAAAGCCGGGAGACUACUAUCUCCGAUUUGCUUCGUAUCCGACCGGUGAUAUGCAACAAGUCAUCGAAGGCCAAGCCAUCGUGUCGUACAGCGGACAAAAUAUGACGACUACGGCUAUGACCAUGGCACCGCCGAUUAAGGAAGAUCCGAUGUCUACAUGGAUGUUUCUUAACGGUUCAGCAAUGGCCAACGCAACGGCGCUCGAUGCGACUUCACUUGAACCCUUUAUAAGCAUUGCACCACCUAUAGGAGCGGCGGAUGUGACCAAACAUUUUACCAUCAAUGAGACGGGUAUUGUCACAUGGGUGAUGGACGGGAAUCCAUAUACGGAACCAACAGUGCCGAUUCUCUACGGCAACACCUCCGAUGGAUGGCUAGCCAACACUACGAUACAGUUGCCCAUCAAUUCGACAAUCGAUAUCAUCUUGAAGAUAGCCCACGAUUCCAUGGACAUGAUGGGCCAUCCGAUACAUUUGCAUGGCCACAAGUUUUGGAUCUUGGGCUCUGGCACUGGAGAUUUCUCUUAUGCAUCGGUGCUCGACGUACCCCAGGGUGUGCUCAACCUUCAUAACCCAGUGUAUCGUGAUACGGCAGAUAUUCCUGCAUCCGGAUGGCUUGCGAUCAGAUUCGUCACCGAUAAUCCCGGAAGCGGCUUCGCGUUGGUCUUUGUUGAAGGUGCCAACGAAAUACAGGGAGUAGUUAAGGCGACGAACUCGACGAACACACCAGCUUUACCUAGUAGCACGACGAGGAACACCGGUAUAUCACGGUACAAUCCGGCUAAUCUCCAAUACUUCAUCCUUUUGAUCACAGCUUGGACGGUGCUCAUGACAAACUGUUGA